AUGCGUCCGAAAGGUCUGGCGGGGGUCCGCGUCAGUUUGGAUCUUCCAUCUACCCCAGAACCAACGCAGGGGAUACAUGGAAUAUCAGCUAUGGCAUCGUUUAUAUCGUUUGGUAGCGUAAACCGGGGUAACCAGGUGGGAAUUAAUAAUGGAUCGAUCCAUCUGCCCCCGGAGCGACCGGAAACCCCACCGACUCCUCUAUCGACCGUCCCGUUCCGUCGCGACCCAGAUUUUGUCAGUCGCGACACACUACUUGGUCGGAUACAUGAAAAACUGUCAGUCCCAGCGUCAAGGAUGGCUCUUGUGGGCGUUGGUGGUGUCGGGAAAUCGCAACUUGCUAUCGAAUAUUGUUAUCGACUUCGUGAUUUAUCGCCCAAGACAUGGGUUUUCUGGGUCCAUGCAAGUAACGCGGCUCGGUUCGAGCAAAGCUUCCGGGAUAUCGCCGACCAGGCCAAAAUUCCCGGGCGUCAGGAUCCCACAGCCAACAUAUUUCAACUCGUCGAAAGCUGGCUCCGGGAUAGGAAGAGAGUAAAGUGGUUACUUGUCCUUGAUAAUGUUGAUGAUGAUGGGUUUCUUCGCCAGCCCUCAACGAUGGGCCAGCUGGGCCCCCCGAUCGGCCAAACUAGCACCUCUAUAAAGCCGUUAUUGGAACAUCUUCCCCGAAGCCCAAACGGAUCUAUAAUUAUCACAAGUCGGAAUAAAGAGGUGGCGUUAAGAAUUGUCGACUACGAGGACGUUCUAGAGAUAAAGCCAAUGAAUCGGCCCCAGGCGUUAAAACUUCUCCAACGAAAGCUUGGACGACUAGCGGAAACCCCUGAUAUCCUAACGUUAGUGGAAGAACUCGAGUUUAUGCCAUUAGCGAUUGUGCAGGCAGCCGGCUAUAUCGUGCAUCGAGCACCCUGCUGUUCAGUAUCGCAGUACCUCGAGAAGUUUCGAAAGAGUGAUCGCGAAGCGACCAAGCUUCUUUAUCACGAGGCGGGCCAUCUCUAUCGAGAUUGGGAGGCGAAGAAUUCGAUUCUCGUUACAUGGCAAAUAUCCUUUGACUAUAUUCGACAAACACGACCGUCCGCUACUGAUUUACUCUCCCUCAUGAGCUUUUUCGACUGCCAGGGGGUUUCAGAGGACCUUCUCCGAGUUCCACGCGAGAGGGAUAACGAAGAUACGGAUAGCACAUCGGAAUCUAACACGGAUGAUGAAUUUAAUAAUGAUGUUACAACAUUGAGAGACUUUUCAUUUAUUUCUGUUGGCGAGAACACGACAGUUUUCACGAUGCACCGGCUCGUGCAACUUACUGUGCGUGUGUGGCUGGAAACCAAUGGACAAAUAGAGCGAUGGAAGGAGGAAUUCAUCACGAGGCUAUACCAAACGUUUCCGACCGGGGAAUAUGAAAACUGGGCACGAUGCCGGUCGAUAUUUCCACACAUGAAAUCAGCGGUGUCACAACGACCAGGAUCACAAGAUUCUCUACGAAAAUGGGCCACGCUACUUUAUAAGGGGGCAUGGUAUGCCCAGGAAAGCGGCAAAAUUGCGGAAUCAAAGCUUAUGGCAUCUAAAUCGCAGAAGGAAAGGGCGUUACUGUUUGGCUGGGAGGAUGAACAGACGCUCUACAGCACUGCGAUAUUAGCAAGCGUAUACCGCCUCGAGGGGCAGUGGGAAGAGGCGGAGCAGCUCUUUGUGCAGGUCAUAGAGACCAGCAAGGCGAAGCUCGGCGCCGACCAUCCUGACACGCUGUCGAGCAUGGCUAACCUGGCGUCGACGUUCUGGAACCAGGGCCGAUGGGGGGAGGCGGAGCAGCUCUUUAUACAGGUCAUAGAGACCAGCAAGGCGAAGCUUGGCGCCGACCAUCCUCACACGCUGUCGAGCAUGGCUAACCUGGCGUCGACGUUCUGGAACCAGGGCCGAUGGGGGGAGGCGGAGCAGCUCUUUGUACAGGUCAUAGAGACCAGGAAGGCGAAGCUCGGCGCCGGCCAUCCUGACACGCUGUCGAGCAUGGCUAACCUAGCGUCGACGUAUAGAAACCAGGGCCGAUGGGAGGAGGCGGAGCAGCUCUUUUUGCAGGUCAUAGAGAUUAGCAAGGCGAAGCUCGGCGCCGGCCAUCCUGACACGCUGUCGAGCAUGGCCAACCUAGCGUCGACGUAUAGGAAGCAAGGCCGAUGGGGGGAGGCGGAGCAGCUCUUUGUGCAGGUCAUAGAGACCAGGAAGGCGAAGCUCGGCGCCGACCAUCCUCACACGCUGUCGAGCAUGGCUAACCUGGCGUCGACAUUCCGGAACCAGGGCCGAUGGGGGAAGCGGAGCAGCUCUUUGAAGCAAGGCCGAUGGAAGGAGGCGGAGCAGCUCUUUAUGCAGGUCAUAGAGAUUAGCAAGGCGAAGCUCGGCGCCGACCAUCCUCACACGCUGUCGAGCAUGGCUAACCUGGCGUCGACAUUCCGGAACCAGGGCCGAUGGGGGGAGGCGGAGCAGCUCUUUGUACAGGUCAUAGAGACCAGCAAGGCGAAGCUCGGCGCCGACCAUCCCGACACGCUGACCAGCAUGGCUAACCUGGCGUCAACGUGCAGGAAGUAG